GUCCCGUGUGAACUGCUUUGAACUCCGUCAGAAUCCACCCGCCGAAGCCCUAGAUUUUGGCCCCAGGAUCUAGGUAGAAUAGCUGGAGUCGGCCAAAUCGCUGACUUUCACCGCUUCUGACACUACGCCGCAGCAGAUCCAUACAUGGCGGUAAAAAUUAAACGAAAGCGGAGAGAGCGUUUUACGCUACAUUCGUAUUUUCUCCCAUCGGACGUCCAAUAUCCCAGAGCGAGCGCCAUGCAGCCAUUGACGGAGCGCAAUAGCCGCUAUGUGUCUUAUGUCACUCCUUGGAAGAAUUGCCACCUUUUGCAUGCUACGUAUUCCAAGCCCGAUUAUAUCACAGACGACAUCAUCAACGAAGUGAAGUCCUUCGUUGUCCAGAAAGGCUACUAUCAGGAUCUGCUCUCGGCGCUUAAGGAGGCAGUUUCUCCUGCCAACGCAUACCUAACUGAUAACGACUUGGAGGCUAUAGUGUCCCUUAUGCACGAAAAUGGGACGCGAUGGUUCAAAGCGCGACUGGAGGAUGGCUUACCAUUCCUGUUAAAACCGGCGGAUCUUCAGGAUGACAUGGUGGCAGCCAGGCGUAGGGUGCGAGAUGAGCUUCAGAAUCGAGGGGUCCUUGAAGACAAGGCUGGGGGCGUGGCAGAGGUGUGGUGUAGUAAAUUUCAAGCUGUCGAGCUGCGAGGACGCGUGAUGGGUCAUUGGUCGACCUCUGUGUGCCCUUGGUUGUACGAUAGGCAAAAGGACGCUGCAAAAGAGAAGGCUAUCGUAAAAUUUUUAAACGAAGGCGGCACUUGGAUUGAUCAAAUAAUUACCCACCACCAUGGCAGGUCGGCUCUGUCGAAACUUCGUAAACGUGCUUGGUUUCAUACCGGCAACACUUUCAUUCGUCCCCAAACUGGUGCGAACGUGACUGCUCCCAUCGGGCCCGGUUGUCGCAAGCCUGACGCCGUAUUAAUGGAUACCACGAAGCCCAUCGACUCCAUUGAAUGGGCAGAUGUUAUUUCUGCGCUAGAGAUCAAGUAUCGUAACACCAAGAGUCUCAUGGAGCAAGCAAUAGAAUAUAUGUCAGAGAUCGCGCGACUCGUUCUGACAAAUCAGAUUAAUCGGCGGUACUUCGUGGGUCUGCUCUUGUUGGGUGCUGAUCUCUUCGUGUGCACCUACACUCGGGGAGGAUCGUCUGUGACUCUUCCUAUCGACAUCUAUCACGACGUUGACGAAUUCCUUAAUUGCAUGGCGUGGUUCAAGCACGCCGACUUGGAGUUCCUGGGUUACGACAAGUCUAUUGUAAGACACAGCCGCGGCUUCAAGAUGGCCUUGAAGGGAAAAUCCGAGUCAACGCACGGGACUAUUGCCGAUGUCGUAUCGGUGAUCUACAAUAGCAAUUCCGCCAUUGGCCGAUCUACGAGAAUCCUGGGCCUUACCUACCAACCCUCCUCCGCUGCUGAGAUGGACAACUUGAUUGUGAAGGAUGUGUGGCAGGACAUCCGGAUCGCCUCAGAUGGAGAUAUUCACAAGUUGCUGGAGGAUAGUGGACGUAUCGAUGAGACUCGCAAGCUUUUAGGCAGCGAGUUCCCUGAACGUAUUUUUAAAACGCCUGAAGAGGCCAAACUUACAGAAGAACUGUUCCAGUCCUGGGGCAUUCGGCCGGAAUGGGAUGAUUUGAACUCUGAAGGGAUGCACCCCUGGCAUCUACCCAUACGGGACGAUCGGUUCUCUGUGGAAGCUCUCGAGAUGACGGAUGGCAAUAACGGCCACCAAGCUUUAGACAGCGUGCCCGUCAUUCUACAGGACAUGACUACAGCCAGCGACCCCUUAAUCCACCGUCGCACAGUAUUUCGCACCCCGGCCGUCAAAUGCACUUGGUCAUCUUGAGGCAUGCAGGCGUGGAAUUAUGCACCGCGACA